CCUGUGUUUCUUCUUUCUUUCCUCUUCCUACGGCCCGCCGCCGCGUACCGCUCCCGGGAGUCCGGCGAGGUCUCGCGCCUCCCGCCUCGCCCCGCGGGCCCCUCGCAGGCAGCUGACCGCCGUCCCCCCCCCGCUCCCCCCCCCGCGCGCGCUCGGGCCGGCCCCAACCAUGUCCAAGCCGCCACCUAAACCAGCCAAGCCAGGGCAGGUUAAAGUGUUCAGGGCCCUGUACACAUUUGAGCCCAGAACGCCAGAUGAACUGUACUUUGAAGAAGGAGAUAUUAUUUACAUCUCAGACAUGAGUGAUACAAAUUGGUGGAAAGGAACUUGCAAAGGGAGAACUGGACUAAUUCCAAGCAACUAUGUGGCAGAGCAAGCUGAGUCUAUUGAUAACCCACUGCACGAAGCUGCCAAACGUGGCAACCUAAGCUGGUUGAGAGAGUGUUUGGAUAAUCGAGUUGGGGUCAAUGGCUUAGACAAAGCUGGAAACACAGCUCUGUACUGGGCAUGUCAUGGAGGCCACAAAGAUGUAGUGGAUGUGCUGUUUACCCAGGAAAACCUGGAGUUAAACCAACAGAACAAAUUGGGAGACACAGCUUUGCAUGCUGCUGCAUGGAAAGGUUAUGCAGAUAUUGUAGAGAUGCUGCUGGCAAAGGGGGCAAGAACAGAUCUGAAGAACAAUGAGAAGAAACUGGCUAUAGACAUGGCAACCAAUGCAGCUUGCGCUUCCCUGCUUAAAAAGAAACAGAGUGCAGGUACAGUCCGAACAUCAAGUAAUGCAGAGGAGUAUCUUGAUGAUGAAGACUCCGAUUAGCUUUUGUCAUUCAGCCUAAAGAACUAUAACUUGCAUUGCCUACAUCAUUCCCAAAACAUAUCUUUACAACUGUAAAAAUAUCUUACUUAAGAGUAUUGCAGUCUUCCAAUAUAGCAUAUAAAUAAGAGGGUGAAUAAUGCUUUCCAAAGGAAUAAUCUUCAUGUGUGACAGAGAUGCCACAUUUUAAAUCAGAAUUCCUUUGGAAUUAGCUCACAGAGGAAGUGUGGCAUACCCAUAGUGUGCAGUGGCAGAGGCCACCUUCUAAACUUACAGGUUUUAUCUCAGGCCUUCCCAGCAAGUGCCUUGUGUCUCUGGAAUACGCUCCUCAAACUGAAAAGUCCCUCUGGGACAGGACACCAUUGUUAACAUCUCUCAAAAUCUCCCUGGGCAUAGGUCCCUUUGUGCAGAUAAGAUAAUACUGGCAGAGUCAAUACUGGAUGACAGGUGUGAAUGGAGAUGCUGCUCUAGAGAGUGACCAUCUUUUGCCCACGUGGAACCAGCAAGACAAGGUUUGGUUUUUUUCUUUUGAAUUCCCACCCCAUUUCUUCCUGUACCCCUCUAAGUAAGGGGUAGAACAACAUGGGACAGUCUGCCCCUGGAUGCAUUGUCUUCUCUAUUGCUAUGGGCCCAAUCCCUGAAAUGUAAACUCAGGUGAAAUGCUUGCUUAAAUCAGUUUUGUUUGAGAAAUACACUUAAUUUUGCACUUAGUGACUUGAUUAUUUUGCUUUUUGAAGUGCAUUGUGCUGAAGCUGUUUGUAGUGAAAGAAAGGCAGCACACUUGUCUAUUUAUCCUGCCUAUAUUUUUUUUUACGACCGCUUGCUUUUGUUUUUUAAAAAUGUUCUUAUAUUUUGUUCUAAAUUACCUCAAAGCUUAAGUGUAUUUGAAGGAAUGAGGGAAAAUGUAUAUCAAAUAUACCACAGGUAUCUUUAGAAGAGAUAUCUGAAGCUGAAUAAACAUUUUAAAAAUGUAUUACUUCUUCAUGUGAAUUAAAGAGAAUUAAAAAAUAAAUUAAGCCACUUUCAAGCUUCA